AUCGAAUUAAUUCAUUAAAAUUUUACUUUAGAAAAGAAAAAAUGUGGUCUGACACGUUUUUAAUUGUAUUUAUAUCAAUAUGCACCGCAUUUUUGGGAGAGGGACUUACAUGGCUGCUCGUCUACCGCACCGAAAAAUAUCAGAGGCUGAAGACAGAGGUGGAUAAACAGAGCAAAAAGUUGGAGCGACGCAAGGAAACACAUGGAGAUUCUUUGGACAAAUCGGUGAAAAAGAAAAUCGAGCGGUAUGAGGAGAAACUGAAGAACAACAAUCGUGACCUGUCGCUGGUCAAAAUGAAAUCCAUGUUUGCCACGGGAUUCGCAUUUACCGCUCUGUUGAGCAUGUUCAAUAGUAUAUUUGAUGGACGCGUUGUGGCACAAUUGCCUUUUACGCCCAUCUCCUGGAUACAGGGUCUGAGCCAUCGGAAUCUGUCCGGCGAUGAUUAUACCGACUGUUCGUUCAUCUUCCUUUAUAUACUCUGCACCAUGUCGAUACGCCAGAACAUACAGAAGCUCUUGGGCUUUGCGCCAUCGCGUGCGGCUAGCAAACAGGGCGGCGGACUGUUUGGCCCAGCACCAGGUCAAUUCAAAUAAUAGGACUUUGCGUUGGUUUUUUUUUUUUUGUAGCGAAAUUUUCAUUGGUUUCAC